AUGGCUGGGGAGGAAUCUCUCCCUCUCUACUCUAAUUCGGGGGCCCAAGCUUCAAUUGAAGGUGGCAAAUCUACAGAUGGGUAUGUUUUGAAUCUAUCUAGCUUUGAUUUCCCUCUUUUGCUUCCUAUCUCUAGUAACAUUUCUCAGAAAAUUGGUGGUGGAUUGAACUGGUCUUCUGUAGCAAUCUCUAUCCAUGGUACAAAAGCUUUUGUUUUCAAUUUCUCAUUAGAGGAAGAUAGAAAGUCUGAUCAUGAACAUGGAUCAUCCCACUUAGCUGGAAAAUUGUUCAUAGUUAGGCCAUGGACACUACUGAUUGAGCAAUCCAUUGCGGAAAUGAAGAAAAUUCUAGUCUGGGUAUUGAUCUACAAUGUUCCUUUACAUCUGUGGAAUAAAUUAGGUUUAAGAUCCAUUGCUUCUUUCAUUGGAAUCACGUUAUUGAUGGAUGAAUGUACCAAGAAAAAAACAAGACUCUCUUAUGCUAGAGUAUGUGCUGAGAUUAGCUAUGAUUGUCCAUACCCUAGCCUGAUUCCUCUUUGGAUUGAUGGUAGACAUGUCAUGGAUUUACCGGUGGAAUAUCAAUGGAAACCUCCUAAGUGCUCUAAUUGUUUAUCUUUUGGACACACUGCUAGCUCCUGCUCAUUAUCAGGGGCGAAGAAGAAAGUUCACUGGAAUCCCGAGAAAAACCAAAUUCAAGGAAAUAGUUUGGUCUCUGCAAAUAACCAAAAGGAGAUUGGCAAUCAAGAAAGUACUGGAGUUAGUGGAGCUGAAAUUUCAGUCCAUAACACACAUCCAAGUAAGGAGGUGUUUCAGCUUGAUAUACCUUUGCAGACAAAUGAGAAUGGCUUGGGUAAUGCGGGUGUGUCACAAAUCUCCUAA